UAGACUAUUCAGAGAGACGAGAGUUGUUUUUAUAUACACAAUGUUCCAGUGUUUGGGAUUGAAAAAAAGCAACAAAUCACAAACCACAAUUGAAGAAAAUGUUCAUGUCAAAUCACAUGCAGUGGCUCAAUUCAUAAAAGACAGAAAAUCCCAAGACUGGCAGGAUUUUAUGAAAUCUGAUGAGGUGAAAGUGAGUUUUGACCCAAAGAAACCCUUGAUCAAACUGUCUGGAGAGCGUGCAGUAGUCCAGCCAGCUGUGACUUUCUUUAAAAGUUUGGCAGAUGGUCUCUAUAUGGACACACUGAUCAUUAAAAAGGCAGGAGCAAAGAAGUACUUCAUGGAGCAGGGUAAAACGAUGCUCUCAAGGUUUGCGAGGGAAAAUGGAUUUGUGGCAGUGCUCCAGGAUGAUGACAUGCUGGAAGAAGAGAAGGAUGCUAUUUCUCAAGAGUCAGAGAGUGGAGUCUCCAGUUCCUGUUUCAAGGUGUACACUAUGCAAAUACAUCAUCUGACUCUGACUGUUUCAUCGGGGGACAUAACCAAAGAAAACACAUAUGCAAUUGUCAACUCCUCGAAUAAGAAAUUUACUUUAAAAUCAGGGGUAUCCAAGGCAAUUUUAGAUGGUGCUGGAUUACAAGUAGAACAGGAAUUAUUAGAAAAGGCUGGAAAAGCAAAUGAUCAGCAAAGAGAGAUUGUGACCUCGUCUGGCAAUCUCCCAUGUGAAGAAAUCAUACACAUUGUUGGAUGUAGUAGUUCAGCUGAUAUUCAGCUAAAAGUUUUGUCCGUUCUGAUGCUAUGUGAGAAUCGGAAAUUUUCCUCUGUUGCCUUCCCUGCUCUAGGCACAGGUCAAGGUGGUCUUAAUCCAGCUGAUGUUGCAGAUGCAAUGAUAAACGCAGUUGUUGAAUUUGCAAGCAAAAAAACAGAUCAUGUCAAAAAUGUGGAGUUCCUUAUAUUCCAAUCAAGUAUGUUGGCUGACUUUCAUCAAAGCAUGCUAAAAAGUACCAAGUCAAAGAAAAGCUUAAGCAGCAGAAUUAAAGGUGAAAGCAUUGUGUUUAAAGAAAUCCAGCCUGGUGUGUUUCAGCUAUGUAGUGAGACAACAGAGUGUUUAAGUAAGGCCAGUCCCAUCAUCAACGGCAUGAUUAACAAGAAGCAAAUGAAUAAAACAAUCCGUGAUCCAGCCAUUGCUCAUUUCACCAAAAAGGAAUUAAAAAUGCUAAAGAAAAUGAAAAAGGAGCUCAAAGUAAAUGUCAUAAUUGAGAAGAAAGAAAAAGAUCCCUUCAUCACUGUUAAGGGCCUGACAUCAUUCGUUUACACUGCAGAAAGUCGCAUUCGGGAUAUUAUCCGCAAAGUGGAAAAGAUUGAAAACCGAAAAAGGGUGGCAAUAUUGACCAGCAGUACAGUUGAGUGGCAAUAUCGAAGUGGUCGUAAAUUUAAACCAUUUGAUCCUUACACCAACUGCGACUUGGAAGAAGCCUUCAAUCUCCAAAAGACUUCUGUGCAAAUCAAGAUUAACAGUGAAGUGUAUAAUGUAGACAUAGUUUGCAAAAAGGCAACAAGAGGAGGAAAACAAGUUGAACUAAAGAGAGUACAACUGAAAGCUUCUUUGCCUUUAAACUGGGAGGACAUGGAAGGACAGCAAGUAGUUAUUAUAGAACUCAAAGCAGACUCACAGGAAUUUACAGAUGUGGAAAAAGAGUUCAGAAAAACUGGACUAUCCAACAACAUCAUUAAAAUUGAAAGAGUCCAGAACUGCGCACUUUGGAGAAACUAUAUGAUCAAAAAGGAGGAACUGGAAGACAAAAACAAGCAUAAGAACAACGAAAAGCUUCUCUUCCAUGGCACUGGCCCUGAUACAACCGAUCAGAUAAACAAUCAGGGGUUCAAUCGCAGCUUCGCUGGCAAAAAUGGAGCCAUGUAUGGGAAUGGUACAUAUUUUGCUGUGGACCCGAGUUACUCAGUAAAAGGCUACUCUACACCUGAUGCCAAAGGUCAUAAACGCAUAUACCUUGCCAGGGUGCUUGUUGGUGACUUCACUCAAGGAAAAAAAGGCCUUCGUACUCCUCCAAAAAGGAAUUCAAAAGGUGUUGAUCUUUAUGACAGUGUGACAGAUAAAUCUAACAACCCAUCCAUGUUUGUGAUCUUCAAUGAUGUACAAGCUUACCCAGAAUACUUAAUCACAUUCAAGAAAAAAUGAAAUUUUACAGUUUAGUUCAACAAGAUUUGAGAUUAAUUUCUGUGCAUUAUUGUCAUGCAGUUACAAUCUAUUUUUAUUCAACUUUCAGUUAUGGACAAAGGGGCAACACUUUUUUUGAAAACAUGCACAGCUUUUUCACAUUUAUAAAUCUCUGUCUUACUGUCUGACUGUAUUAUAUCUAUGUAUGUAUGUGAGUGUGACUCCUUAAAGUUU